CGCCAAGGCUAUCAACAUUCUUUAUUGUGCAGUAAACCCGGAUGACUACCGGAAGAUCUCUUGUUGUUCCACCGCCAAGGAAAUGUGGGACAAGCUAGAAAUCACAUAUGAAGGUACGGAUCAAGUCCAAUAAGCUAAGAUAGAUUUUCUAACCCAUGAGUAUGAACUAUUUCAUAUGAAGGAGAACGAGAAAAUCGACGAUAUGUUUGAACGAUUUUCAAAAAUCAUAAACGAUCUUCAUUCUCUCAAGAAGACAUACACGGACAAGGAGCUUGUAAGAAAAAUCCUGCAGAGUCUCACACCGGAAUGGCGCUCCAAAGCCGAUGCUAUCCAAGAAUCUAUCGGCAUCACCAGUGUCACCAUUGACGGGCUUAGAGGAGGUCAAAGAAAACGAUCCCGCACCGGCAAGAACGUGGCUUCUUCCUCGGCUCCUCCAACACCGGCGCACCAAUACCUCGACGGAUCUUACUUAUGGUUCAACGACCGCGCAGAGGCGACGCGGUUCUCGGAGAAGUUUGAGCACCGGGAAAUUCUCCCUCCCCGAUUCUCCACCGCCCGCUUCAUUCAUGACUCCAUUCCACGUGAGGCACGGGUUAUCCUCGAACGUGGAAACUUCCUCGACCUCCUCUACAUCAAGAAGGUCAAUUAUCACCCCUUUCUUGUUCAAGCUUUCUACUCGAACUUGAAAAAGGAUGAGGACGGAGCGUUGAUCUCUAACGUCAACGGGGUGGACAUCUAUUUGAAUGAGGAAAACAUUCAAAUUCUCACAGGGCUUCGUCGGGACGGACAGGAUCUCGGGCUCUACGUCGGAGAAGAAGGAGCGCGGUUCAACGAGACCGCCCUCUUGGAGGAAGUGGGCAUCCGACACUUCGUCCCCACUCCCCAACAGCGGCGCCCUACGAUUGCUUCCAUGAGUCCCGUGUUUCGAUUCAUUUUUUAUGUUUUGACACGGAUUCUCAAGCCUAGGAAGUUCAAUCACACCACUCUCUCCCAGGAGGACACGAAGACAAUUCAUGCGAUGAUUCACAAUGCCAAUCUUAAUUGGUGUAAAUUUGUGAUGACUCACAUGUUCACCGCCACCUCCAACAACCGGCCGCUCCCCUACGCCCUCCUCGUCAUGGCGAUUCUUAAAGAGUAUAACAUCAAAACCGAUGUUGGGCCAAAGAUAAAGGGGACAAAGCAUUGGGAGAUUGAUGAAUCCUCUUUCCACUCGGGCACCGACGAGACUCCGUUUCGACAGCCUCGUCCACGCCGCCAACCGAGAGCCACUGCCUCAACCGCCACCACUUCGACCAAUCCUUCUCUCGCCGAGCAAAUGACAGCCUUGACCGCCACUCUCUCUCGGAUUGACACCAACGUCUCCAAAACCGCACACAACGUCAAUACCUUGAGCCGUGAACUUCACGGGUAUUUUGACUUUGUCAAUUACCCGUAUGCUCAAAUGGUCCCUUAGGUUCCUCCACCGAAUUUCGGAGGUGAACAGAGCGGGACUCAAAA